AUGGAUCAUGGUUUGGUGAAAUCCGACAUUAAUCCAACAGAUCGUCAAAAUUUUAGUUUCUGUAUUAAAAUAUCGUCGGACGACGUAUUAAAAAUACUUUACGAUCAAAAUGAUACAAAAGGAACAUACGUAUAUCUGUUAUUAAUAAAUUUAACAAUAUCAGCGUUUAUUGAUACAACAACCCCAAUUGAUGAAAGAUUGUAUUACGCAUGGGUUGUGGUUUUCACAUCCCGAUUAUGGUGGGCUUUGUUACAACACGCAACAAUUCAAAAUGAUAAGGAUGAUAAUGUAAAUCGAACAAUAACAAAAGCAACAUACAAGAAAAAAUUAAACAAACGACAUCAUUUUAUGACAUCAGCUUAUCUGUCAAUAGAAAUCAACGCACAUAAUUUGCUAUAUAUUAUAUUAUUAGUUAUUGAACAGCACCUCCCUGAACAUGCUUUAGACAUAUUUUUAUUUAAUUCACAGUCAUGUGAGAACACAUUUCGUACUGUAAGAUCAUUAUCUAGCACCUUCUCCAUCAUCACAAAUUCCACUAUUAGUGAUUUUAUAAGAUGUGAACAAAUUUCAAUAUUAAAUGAUAUUAAAUCUGAAAAAAAUAACUAA